CUUUUAAAAAUAGCCACAUUCAAAAAGUAAUCUUGUUUUGAUGUUCUUGCAUGAUGGAGAAGCUGUGACCUUCUGACACCCUGUGGAGGAUAGAGCACCGCGAGGCGAAUGACAAUUUGUUUUAUUCCGUGCAAUUGCGGAAUCAAUUGAGACACGAGAAAACAUGAAGUGGUGAGCUUGGCCUGAAAACAAUGCCUGAAGAUGAAUUUCUGUAAUCUACAUUCACCAUGCAGGCUAUUAUUUAUUAUAGGGAUGUUAUUUCUAAUGGUUGAUACUAAGUUGCAGACUGCUUUAAACUCCAGCUUUGUUGAAGUGGUAGGGAACGAUCACAAUAUAACAAAACCGAAGGAAAUAAUAAAAAUAGGCCUAAUAAUGCCAUAUGAGGUUACUGGAUGUGAACCCUUUUGCGAAGAGGAACCUCCAAUCGAUGGCAGAAGUUACGCCACUGCCUUUCAAAUUGCUGUAGACGAUGUGAACAGAAACAGCUCAUUGCUACCAAAUCAUGAAAUCAAGUUUGUUUUUAAUGACUCAACCGUGGACGAAGCAAAUGCACUAAUGGCAGUGUACAAACAGCUAAAUGGUAUGAAUGUCUCUGCCUUAGUUGGCCUGGGGUGGUUUUGCCAUUCUGUUUCCACUAUUGCAACUGCUGUCGAUGUUCCCGUUAUUUCGCAUUAUUGCAAAGAAGACGAUUCGAUUAUGGUUCACAAAAAGUCAGAGGACAAACUGCUUUUCGCAAGAACAUACCCACUUACGACACAAAUUGUGCCAACGAUUGUUGCAAUUUUGAACAGGUUCAAAUGGAAGAAGAUAGCGAUAAUGAAGAAUGAAGAAUUGAACGCUUUACAGAUGAGUGGAAAUUUAAGAAUAUCUGACCAGUUCCGAGAAUUUGGAAUUGAUAUUGAGAUCGAGAAAGCGUUGCCUGAGACGAUUGAUUUUACUCGGACUAACAGAGCAGAUCUACGAAACGCCAUGAAAGCUGUUAAGGACAAAUGUGUACGAGUGAUUGUGUUCAUGUGUGUAUACAAAAUUGCACGAGAAGCCCUUGUUUUUGCUAAUGAGCUGAAUAUGACCGGAGGGAAUUUCGUAUUCAUAAUCAUCAUCAGAUCCCCAGUUGAAUUUGAAGACAAGAUUGCGCGGCCUUUCAAAUGGUUCAUGUCAGAAUACGGAGAACAUUCUGUCAGCUCUGAAAAUGGGGUGAAAGAAGCUUUGAAAACGGCCUUCCUUGUUGGACCAACCAUUAAUGAUAAUGAAAGGUACAAGCGGUUUGUUGCCAGACUAAAGCGAGACAGCUCCAAUGCUCCUUUUUACAGCAACUUUUUCGAUGAACACCGAUACGCAUCAAUUCCAGAAAUUGGCUAUUACCUAUACGACACAGUGUUGCUUUAUGCUUUGGCAGCAAACAAAAGUUUAAUGGCGAAUGGGAAUGUUAACAACGGCACUGCUAUUUACAACAGCCUUAAAGGGAUGACAUAUGAAAGCAUUCUUGGCCAUGAGAUGGUCGUACACGAACUCAGCCAUCGAGGACUCUACGUUAAGUUCAACUACAUGCUUUACACAUUCAAUGAAAGCUCCGUUGUAACGUACAAUGCCUAUUUUGUUGAGUCUGAUGAUGAUGCAUCAAAUAAAACCACCUUGGUGUACAAGGAGCGCAAGCCCCUUAAUUGGCCUAAGAGCAUUGUGGGCGAUCUUAAAUGCGAGAGUUUCUUUAAUGAAGAUUAUACAAAGGUGCUGGCAAUCUCCAUUUCAGUGUCUAUUAUCGUCGUUAUGCUGGUUCUGUUACCAGUCUUUAAAUACAGGAGUUAUCGUUUGGAAAGAUCGCUGACAAAUAAGUUAUGGGAAGUCGAUAUUUCAGAAUUGAUGCUUCAUAAUGGUACCUUUACACAAGCAAUUUCUACACCAAGCGUGAGCAUCGAGAAAGACAUUCCUUUGUCACCAGUGCGGAAGAAAUCAUCGAUUGAAACUGUGCGUGCAAUUUACAAAACAGAUUGGGUGGCUGUUAAGAUCAUUGAAGCUCAUAACAUUGAACUCAAGCGAGAGUCACUUUUAGAACUGAAACAGAUACGGGAAAUUCGCCAUGAUAACAUAAACCCUUUCAUUGGUGCCCAUGUAAAACCUGGCAGAGUUCUAAUUGUCACUCAGAUUGCUGCUCAUGGGAGCUUAGAGGAUGUGCUUGAGAACGACAACAUGAAGCUGGAAACACUAUUCCUUUUGUCGUUGAUAUCAGAUAUCACAAAGGGAAUGGCCUAUCUUCACAAUAGUCCAAUCUUAUCCCACGGGAGUCUCAAGUCUUCCAAUUGUUUGAUUGAUAGUAAUUGGUUGGUGAAGAUCACUGACUUCGGUCUGCAUACCCUGAAAAGAAAAACCAAGGGUCUUGAAUACAACAAGCUUCUUGAUAGCAGAAGUCAUUUAUGGGUAGCACCAGAGCUGCUACGAGAUCCGAAUCCUCCCGCUCGGGGGUCAGCUAAAGGAGAUGUUUACAGUUUCGGGGUGAUUUUACAAGAGUGUCACACAAGAAGAGGCCCUUGGAGUGAUGUAGACCUCAGUUGUGAAGAAAUUGUGGCACGAGUAGUGAAAGCUGAAAACCCGCCUUUUCGGCCUAUCGUUCCAAACAGCAUCGAGAACGCACCUGAAUUGCAGACAAUGAUGUGCAGAUGCUGGAGUGAAAACCCACAGGACAGGCCGUCGUUUUCAGAAAUGGCGAAAGAGACCGAAGCAGCUAUGAAGGGAAAUGGGUUCAAAAGCAAUAUAGUUGAUGAUUUGCUGUACAGAAUUGAGCAGUAUGCCAAGAACUGGGAACACCUUGUUGAGCAAAAGAAUAAAGAACUUUCAGAGGAGAAAAAGCGUAUUGAGGCAUUGGUGGGCAGAAUGUUGCCACGUGCAGUGUACAAGCAGCUAACUAAAGGGAAGGAAGUAGAAGCAGAGACAUUUAGAGAAGUGACUAUUUACUUUAGUGAUAUCGUCGGAUUUACGUCACUUUGCGCUGCAAGCACCGCUAUGGAAGUUGUUACAUUCCUGAACCAACUUUACACGCUGUUUGAUAGCAUCAUAAAGUAUUACAAUGUUUACAAGGUUGAAACGAUAGGGGACGCGUACAUGGUAGUUUCUGGUUUGCCAGUUCGUAACGGCAAUGAACACGCGAAAGAGAUUGCCUUAAUGGCCUUCCAUAUAUUAAAUGCAGUUAAAACAUUUGUUAUUCAACACCAAAAAGAUAGCCAGCUGCGGAUCAGGAUUGGAAUCAAUUCAGGUUCUGUUGUGACUGGCGUUGUCGGGUCUACGAUGCCUAGAUACUGCUUGUUUGGUGACACGGUCAACACAGCAUCCAGGAUGGAGUCUACUGGGGAAGCCCUAAAGAUUCACGUAAGCGAGUCAACGAAAGAAAUUUUGACAGAUAUUGGCGGUUUUGAGCUGCAAACAAGAGGAGAGAUAGCGGUCAAGGGGAAAGGUGUUAUAACUACAUAUUGGUUGAAUGACAUUAACGACAAAUAUAAAAACAUCAUAUUGAAGCAUGAACUUUUGCUAUCGGAAGCAAUGAGGGACAAAGGGACUGGUUCUAAUACCCCAGUACCUAGUACUCAUAAAAGAAAUCCAAGGGCUACUCCUCAGGGGUCCUUAUGUCCUUCACCAAACACGUCACCAACGCUGUUCCGCAAAGGAUCACGGUAUAGAGCCAGGGUAGAGCCGCCAUCUGAUUUGCCGUCCUUGGACGUUAGUCAUAGGCUGCUUACUCUAAAAACAAGCAAGAACACACCAACAGACGAGUCGGUUAUUUUACUGCCAACAACCUGGGAGACAAAAGCCUGAUUCUGAUCUUUUUCCAGAGCCAAGGUCGUAUCAAAUGACAGUGUCUGGAUUUCUCGGUAUCUUGUGUUGAAAAUUUCCUGCCGCCCUGCGGUUGCUUGGUCUGACAUUCUAGAGGAUCACAAAAGAAAGAUGAUUUAUGAUGUUUGCUAAGAUUCAUUGCAGAUGAAUGUGCUGCUCCGCAAGAGUGUUCACCAAAUACAGUCCUGUUCGUUGUAGUUUUUUGGUUCUUGAGUCAGCUAAAGCUUACUGUAACCCUGCAGGAUUUGACAUCAGUUAUCGCGACAGGUACGAUUGCAACUGCUACAAUUUGAGGUUAUUUUCAUGUAUAGGAACAUGGUUUGCCAAACGUGGCCCGUGCGAAGACGUUUACGCGAAGACGCUUUUUGACAACAUCAGUAUUCGGAGCAUUAGAGCAAGAUGCCUGCCUGUGCCUGUGCUUUGAACAACUAGAGAAAAUUAGAAACGGGACCUCAGAUAAAGGGACCGUCUAACCCAUUUAUCUGCUCAUGGAGGCUGGUUUUGGUAUUUUUUAACCACGCUUUGCUUAUUGUUUUAAGAUUUUAUGUAGUUAUUCCUGAUAAUACUGUCAUACUUCCCUAGUUUUGUUCGACCCGAUACCUUUUUAUCUAGCCUUUACCCCAUUGCAAAAACAUUUUCCCCUUUCAAAGCCAUUGGUCCUAGAUAGGAACCCUGGAUCAAUUGUCAUUCUCCUAAUGUGCCCCUUGCCUGGCCACUAGAUUUGUGUUUGCGUGUUCUAAGGGAAAACUAAGAAUGGGGUCCUUAUUUAGUAUGGACUGCAAGAAACGCUGUAGAUCAUAUUAAAUGCAACAGUAAAAUGUUAAUAUGAUAAUAUUUCUCGUUGAUAGCAGAAGCUUCAGUUUAAGAAAGUUUUUAAAAAUGAGGUGAACUUGAGCGAGUCUAAAAGAGCAUGGAUAUAACAAUAAUUUGGGGGCUUCUUUUGGUCGGGGCCCCCUAAACUGCGUUACGCCACUAGACACGCAUACAAACGAAAAAUCCCUCCAUUAUAGCGUACAAGAAACCGUAGACAUAACAUUCUUUAUUUGGAUUUGGCAAUUGCCCCCGUCAAAAGUUAUUCCCCGUCUUUCUAUUUGCGGUUAUUUAUCCCACUGCUUCCAAUGUAUCAUAGAUCGUGCAGUUAUGCUGUAAGAUACGGUAGUCUAUGUCGCUACGUUGCGAAGUUCCUAGUAUCUAGGUUCUCAAUUUUUGUCAAUUUUAGCACUGUAAAUUUUUUGGAUUAAGAUAAAUGAAAUUGUAUAAACAUUUAGGUAACAAGGUAAGAAAUUAAUAAUUGAAAGAAUGAUAGUUUUUAUUACUUGAAAUAAUAUUGUACAUAUUUAUACAGAUA